AUGAUUGAGACCGUAGCGGAUGCGCAGAAAUUUUACUACAAAUCUACUGGCUUUCCACAAAAUAAGCCCCUCAACCUCGGCCUUUGGGCAUACUCAAGGCAUCCUCCAUACUUUGGCGAGUAA